AUGACGAUGACCAUCGACAGCAAUCAACAGCGCUUUGCUGGCGGGCUCAACUACGACCACAUGUCUUCUUAUCCGACGUCUCAGCCUCAGUUCACGAACCCCUGGGUCUCGUCGUCGUCGGCAGCGGUCCCCCAGAGUGGUGCCUCGCAUGGCAUGUACAGCGGCAACCAGCAAGGAUUGAACCCCAAUCCGCUGAGCCUCGACACUCUGAAGCAUCACCAGCCGCAGCAGCCAGUCUCCCGGGCGAGCACGAGUAGCAGUGCCUCAAUGGGUUCUUUUGGAUCCAUCCCGGUGACGUCUGCGUCAGCAGGUAGCCCUCUCAGUAUGACGCACAACGCCUUUGUUGGACAACAGGACUUACUCUCAUUACCCCAAGAUCUCCUGAACAUGAAUCGCAUGCCGCACCACCAGACCACCUCGGCCGCCUACCCGGAAGCCGCCUACACGACGUCUGCCUCUCCCAUCCACUCCAACUACGCCGCCUCGCCCACGCCCUACGACUCGCUCGGCUAUGCGCCGGCCCCGAUGCGUUCCACCUUUGCCAUGGCUCCGGAAACCGAGCAGAGAAGAAGCAUGCAACACGACGAUCGCCGCAGCUUUGCCGAUGCCAUUGAGGCGAGCCACGGCAUCCUGUCCCUGAGCCAGGAGACACCGCGCCCUAUCUACGGUAGCCGGACCCGGGGCUCUGGUGACUCGUACGGUUUCCCCUCCACGCACUCGACGAGCUCCAGCGUCUCCAGCACCGGCUUCAGCGGCUACUACGGCGGCUCCGUCGAUUCGAGCGUCAGCGACUACUCGACUGCCGGCUCGGACAUUGAGUCGGUUACCUCAAGGACACUACCCCGGCCCCAGGGCAUGAUGGCCAGCCAGGUGCCGCCGGCGCCCCAGUCCAUGAUGGGCCAGUUCAGCUCCAAGGUCUCGAGCAGCACGCAAAAGAAGCACAAGUGCAAGGUUUGCGACAAGCGAUUCACCCGCCCGAGCUCGCUCCAGACGCACAUGUACAGCCAUACCGGCGAGAAGCCUUUCUGUUGUGAGGUUGAGGGCUGCGGCCGCCACUUUUCUGUCGUCUCGAACCUCCGGCGCCACCGCAAAGUACACAAGGGACAAGCGCCAUCUGAGGCCGGUUCGGAGGAUCACCACUCUGAUUGA